AUGGGAAUAGGAUAAAAUAUUUAAUUUAUAUCACUUGAAAAUACUAUUCCAGUUGAAAAAAUAUUCUAAUUAAUAGAAUAGAAUUAUCAUAUUGGCUAUUAUUAUUAAAAUUUUUCAUAAGAUAGCAAUAUUUUGUCAGUUUUAACAGCCAAUUUGAUAUAUUUUCAAUUAGAAAUUUGUUCUAAUAAGAUUUUAAAUAAAUAAAUUUUAAUAAGUUUAAUUCAAAAUUCUGUGCAUUAAAUUAGUAAGAAACAAUGA